GUGUGGUGGCAGCUGGACUUCCCAGGAAAGUUUACACGGUUUUCUUGCUUCGUUCGGGCGCUACGGUUUUUUUUUUUGGGGCGUUAUUUUUUUGAAGGGAAGUCGGACGUUACACUUCAUUCCCAGACUGAGUGCGUUACUUUUUGUUUUGUUUUUUUUCCUCUCUCCGCACCGUCCCCCCGCGCGUGUGAAAGUCAGCCGGCGUGAGGAGGAGGAGGAGGGGGGGGGGCUGGUCAGAGGAAGGCCACGGAUGACCGACGGAGUGUUUAUGUGUGUUUUUAUCGCUCGGGUAACGACGCAGAGGCGGUGCACAGCGUUUAAAUAAUGAGCGGACAUCAGCAGCAACGGCGGCAGUCGAACGUCGGUUCGAUCCUCCUGACGCCGCAGGAGAAUGAAUGCCUUUUCAGCCACCUCGGCAGGAAAUGUAUCACGUUGUCUUCAGCAGUGGUCCAGGUGUUUGCCGCAGAUAGGAGCUCCAGCUGGAUUAAAAGAUGCUGUGGUGUGGCCUGUCUGGUCAAAGACAAUCCCCAGCGGUCCUACUUCAUCAGGGUGUUUGACGUCAGGGAUGGUAAAAUGAUGUUUGAACAGGAGCUGUAUAAUAACUUCUCCACCUACUUCCCCAAGCCCUACUUCAUUACAUUUGCUGGAGAUACAUGCCAAGUGGGUCUGAACUUUGCCAGUGAGGAAGAGGCCAAGCGUUUCCGUAGUCAGAUGAACGAGCUGCUGGGGAGAAGACAAAGGAAAACUGAGAAGAGACGUGACCCUCCAAAUGGGCCAGCAUUGCCCAUGGCCACCGUCGACAUCAAAAACCCAGAGAUCAACAACGUUCAGCGUUACCACAACUCUCAGGUGAACAACUUUGUGCCACCCUCCUUCAACAAGAGGGAGAAAAAGGGCAAGCCGAAGAAGAAGAAACUGACCAAGGCAGACAUCGGCACGCCAAGCAACUUUCAACACAUUGGGCAUGUAGGAUGGGAUCCAAACACAGGCUUUGACUUGAAUAACCUGGACCCAGAGCUGAAGAGCCUCUUCGACAUGUGCGGCAUCUCUGAGGCUCAGCUCAAGGACAAGGAGACCUCCAAAGUCAUCUACGACUUCAUUGAGAAGAAAGGAGGAGUGGAGGCGGUGAAGAACGAGCUGCGGCGACAAGCUCCUAAACCUCCCCCAUCCAGGGGCGGCCCCCCCCCCCCCCCCCCCACACCACGGUCUGCCCCUCCUCCCCCUCCACCUGCCCGGGGUCGCGGUGCCCCACCGCCUCCUCCGCCCUCCCGAGCACCUUUCUCCGCACCCCCUCCUCCCCCACCGUCCCGGCCGGGCAUGUCUGCGCCGCCGCCGCCUCCCCCGCCCAGCCGCGGCUUUCUUCCGCCUCCCCCUCCACCAGCCCAUGCGUCAAUUCCUCCGGCGCCUCCCCCACCGCCUCCUCCCCCAGCAUCCAGCGCUGAAGGUCCGCCUCCUCCGCCACCCGCUCCCCCUCUGCCCUCAGAUGUUAACGGGGCGGACAGCAGCGCACCCGCGCUCGGGGGCAAGUCGGCGUUGCUGAGUCAGAUCAGAGAAGGCACCCACCUGAAGAAAGUGGAGCAGAGAGACAGACCGGUGUCCUCCAGCGGCAGAGACGCACUCCUGGACCAAAUCAGACAAGGAAUCCAGCUGAAACCUAGGGAUGACAGCAUGGAUUUGGCCCCUCCCACUCCGGCUCCUUCAGAGGGCAUCGUCGGGGCACUCAUAGACGUGAUACGGAAGAGGAGCAAAGCUAUUCACUCUUCAGAAGAGGAUGAUGACGAUGACGACGAAGAGGACUUUGAGGAUGAGGACGAAUGGGACGACUAGCGAUAUAUACAUUUUUUCUCCCCCCCCCCCCCCCCCAAAAAAAACCAUCACCACCUGGAUGAUUAUGACACUAAAUUGUUCUCAUCUUUCUAAAAAAGAAAUCUUUAUUUUCGAAUUAUAAAUGUAAAUGUUCUGUCGACUUGCUGUAUAUUUUUGUUAUCUUUAUGCUUUUUUUUUAAUUAAUCUGUGCAAUACCUCAUUUAAUCUGUAUAUGUUUGUCAUUAU